AUGUCGACUCAAAAGGCACUCCUCAUGCCCACCCCCGGCGGUUCGUACACCGUCGGAGAAGUGGCAGUCCCGCGCCCAGGCCCGAACGACGUUUUGGUCGAAGUCCAGGCGGUUGGGCUCAACCCGGUCGACUGGAAGGUUGCCUUGCCCGAAUACGUGUCACUCGGCUUGGUCCCUGGCUAUCCAUUCACGCCAGGCAGCGAUGGCGCGGGCGUAAUCGUCGAGGUCGGCGCGGAGGUCUCGAACUUCAAGAAAGGUGAUCGCGUGCUUUUCCAAGGCUCGCGGAUGCAGACCGGAUUCGGCACAUUUCAGGAGCACAGUCUCGUCCGUGUGCCGUUGCUGGCAAAGAUCCCAGACAACAUGAGCUUCGACGCAGCAGCCACAGUCCCCUCCGGCCUUGUAUGCGUCGUGCUCGCGUUCUACAACCAGGGGAGCGAGCAGGAAAGCCUCGCCCUGAAGCCGUUCUGGACCGAAGGCGGAAGCACCGCGUACGCCGGGAAGCCCAUCUUCAUCCUCGGCGGCGCGACCUCCGUCGGGCAAUAUGCCAUCCAGCUCGCAAAACUGUCAGGCUUCAGCCCGAUCAUCACCACCGCGUCCCCGCGCAACGCCGCCCUGCUCACCUCCCUCGGCGCAACACAUGUCGUCGACCGCACACAGUCCGCAGACGCGAUCCUCGCAGACGUGCCCGCGCUCACCGGCGGGAAGCCAAUCGACGUCAUCUUCGACGCCGUCUCGGACGCCAGCACGCAGGCCCUCGCGUACAGAGCGCUCGCGCCUGGGGGCCCGGGGCUCAUGCUCGUCCUGCCGGACGCGAUCCCAGCAGAGCUAAAGAAGGACGGGGGGCAGAAGCGCAUCAUGAUGGUGCGCGGGAACGUGUACCUCGCGAACGGGCACACGCUUGGAGUGGAGUUGUUUGAGCGGGUGACAGGGUGGCUCGAGAAAGGGCUUAUCAAGCCGACUGCGUUUGAAGUCGUACCCAACGGACUUGCGGGCAUAACCGCGGGGUUGGAGCGACUGAGGAGUGGAGCGGUCAGCGCGAAGAAGCUCGUCGCACGCCCGCAGGAAACACCGUGA